GCCCAGAAUCUGCACACAUCUGAGCUCAACUUUCGAAAUUCGAAAACCGACGAACAUUCGAAGUGAGUCAGAUUCGAUCAAGAUGGAGUCCUUCGCUUGGUUUUUUAAAAUCAGAAUCAGCACGUGUGUCAAAAGUGCCAAAUUAAUUUUGUGAAAUGGAUGAUAGAAGAGAUGAAUCUUACGAGGGGCCAGCAGGUAUGGAACCUGAGGGAGUUAUUCAAUCGAAUUGGGACGAAGUUUACGAUAACUUCGAUGAUAUGAAUCUUAAGGAGGAGCUCCUUCGUGGCAUUUAUGGUUAUGGUUUUGAAAAACCGUCCGCCAUUCAGCAACGUGCUAUUAUGCCUUGUGUGAAAGGUCACGAUGUAAUCGCCCAGGCUCAGUCAGGUACUGGCAAGACGGCUACAUUCUCGAUAGCCAUUCUUCAACAAAUUGACACUUCUCUCCAUGAGUGUCAAGCUUUGGUUUUGGCCCCAACUCGUGAAUUAGCCACUCAAAUUCAACGGGUCGUCCUAGCCUUGGGUGAAUACAUGAAGGCCAAUUGUCACGCAUGCAUUGGCGGUACAAACGUACGUGAGGAUGUGCGCAAACUGGAACAGGGCUGUCAUGUCGUUGUGGGUACUCCGGGUCGUGUACAUGACAUGAUCAAUCGUAAGGUCCUACAUACGAAUGCUAUUAAGCUUUUCGUAUUGGAUGAGGCCGAUGAAAUGUUGUCACGUGGAUUUAAAAGUCAAAUCCAAGAUGUUUUCGGAUUUUUACCCAGCGACGUUCAAGUCAUUUUACUAUCGGCCACAAUGCCACCAGAUGUAUUGGAAGUGAGUCGUCAUUUUAUGCGUAAUCCGAUUAGUAUUUUGGUGAAGAAGGAAGAAUUGACACUGGAAGGUAUCAAGCAAUUCUUCGUGAAUGUCAAACAUGAAAGUUGGAAAUUGGGAACUUUGUGCGACUUGUACGACACAUUGUCAAUAACACAAUCCGUCAUUUUCUGUAAUACUAGACGUAAGGUCGAUCAAUUAACCCAAGAAAUGACGAGUAACCAUUUCACUGUGUCUGCUAUGCACGGUGAUAUGGAACAACGUGAUCGCGAACUAAUUAUGAAACAAUUCCGAUCGGGAUCAUCGCGUGUCUUGAUCACAACUGAUUUGUUAGCUCGUGGCAUUGAUGUGCAACAAGUCUCCUUAGUUAUUAAUUAUGAUUUGCCUUCCAACCGGGAGAACUAUAUUCAUAGAAUUGGCCGUGGUGGACGUUUCGGUCGUAAAGGUGUCGCAAUAAACUUCAUUACGGAUGAAGACAAACGUACUCUCAAGGAUAUUGAGCAAUUUUAUCAUACAACUAUCGAAGAAAUGCCUGCUAACAUCGCUGAUUUAAUUUAAAACAAAUUAUUAGAAGAGGCAUUAAACAACAAACAUAUAAAUCUACUAAAAAACAAUACAAAACAAAGAAAAUAUACAACAGUUUUUUCUAAAAAAAAAAAAGGUAUCAAGAGAAAGAAAAUUGUUAACAAUCCGAGAGAGAGAAAAAAGGUAACAACAUCGACCGAGCAAAACCGAAAAAGAGGAAGAGUAUUUAAUCAACGAGGGAGAAAACAUCUAACCACACACACACACACAAUAUUGUUGUUUCCAAAACUACAUUUACAAAGCAGAACAAAAAACUGAAAAAAAAGAAAUAACUAAAACUUUUACCGAUUUCUAAUACGAAAAACUGAAGUGAAAAACGACGAGAAAGAUUUUUAGGCAAAGCCAACAUCAGUUUGCAUCUUUCUGUCGUGAAUAACAAAUUUUCCGCCACCAUACAUAUUAUUCUUACUACUUUUUUUCUGUUGUUGUACCAGCUGUCCUGCAUAGCUGCUUUAUAUUUUUCGUUUUUCCUUGUGUAAUCAAAUUUUCCAACACUUUUUUUUUUGGGUUCCAAUUCAUACUCUUCCCAUUACAUCAUAAUCCAUCCGGAAAACGAGCAAGAGAAAGAAAGGAAGAAAAGAGAAAGAGGUGAAUGUUGUAGAAAGAAAACGAUCCGUUAAUUGCAAUAGCAGCUUACAUACAUAUAUACUUUGUCCUUAUUUAUUUUUUUCCUCUUUGAUUAUUUUUUUUAGAUCGAAAAAGAAAUUCCUCUAAUAAAAAUUUUUUUCCUCACGUACAUAAAA